AAGUGAAACCCAUCUUUCUAGGCUAGGGCUGUAUUCCAUCUAGUGAUCUAGACUAGAAUAUUCUAGAUCUAUUAUUAUAAGACUCUAUAUGUAAACAGUAAACUAAACAUAAAAUAACCAUGCAAGAAAGAAAUGAAGUGGAGUUUGUUUUGGAAGGUCAAGAUUCAUCAUUGAUCAGUUUUAAGCAUUGCACCAAAAAUCCGGGUCAUAAAGAUUUUGUUAAAUUUACUGACUUUAAAGUUGAAAAUCUUCCAUCUGAUUAUCAAGAUGUUAUGAUUUACAAAAUGAUUCAGUACAUUGGUUUAAUCACUGUAAAAUUGAAUGUUUCAUUUACAUCCAACAAUAGAUCAAAUAAUGAUGAAACAGCCAAGUUUAGAGGGACAACAAACAUUCGACUUGGAAGUGGCUUUAUUAUGUCUGUGUGUAAAAAAGAAAAAAGCUUAGGAAAAAAAUGUCCUUGUAAAGAAUGUUUAGAAUCUAACAAUCCCAAAGAGCAGUGGGCAGAAAUAUUAGUGCUUACUGCCAAACAUGUUGUUUUCGACACAGAAGAGGUAAAACAUACAAAAUGUGAACUCUUCUAUGAUGUAGUGAGACAAAUAGAGAUUUUGUAUGGCCUCAAAGUUCAUAAAGUAAUAGAUAAAAAUGAUGCCUGCAUAUUUCUUUGUGCUAUGCAUAAUCUGGAAACAUGGAAUAAAAUCAAAAUGUUGUGUGACAUGCGGGAUAAUAUACAUCGGAAGUUGGCAGACAAAUACACAUCUAAAGGUUUAAAAAACCAAUUGGCUAUUAUAGUCUCCCACCCUCAUGGCCAGCCAAAGAUGGUGAGUGUAGGAGACGUGAUAAGUUUUAAAAGAUCUCUUGAUGGGGACGUUCAGUACGAAUACAGAGCUUCCACUUGUUCUGGAUCUAGUGGGGCCCCUGUUUAUGUACUGUCAAGAGAAUGGGACUUAAACUUUUCUGAACAUGUCCAUAGCAGCUCAACGUUAAGGAAUGGUAUCAACAGAAGUAGUUUUGGACCAGCUUGAUAUGGGAAAUCUUUCUUAAGUUGUGAAAUAAUUCUUUUCAAAAUUUUGAUUUUAUUUCUUGAAUACAUUGAAGCACUCCAGUGGCGUAGCUAGCAAUGUGCGGAUGGUGCGUUCCGCACAGGACAUCAAGUGGUGAGGAGCAUCAAAAAAGCCCUCAGCAUGAAUUAAGUUCCUCUGAGCUUUUCAGUAAGAUAUACAUAUUGCUCAUGUAUGACCAAACACAAACUUCUGUAUUUGAAGACUAAAAAAAAAACAAAGAUUUACUGCUGCAGGGGGUAAACGACAAUGUGAAAGCAAAAAACAUCUUUCUGAAAAACCUUAACAUUCUCCUAGCCGAUGAACAUACUCACAACGUCUUUUCAUCCCCACCUUUUGUAGUAUUCAGGCGAGACCAAAACCUACAAGACACAUUAGUACACACUAAACUCCACAUUUCAAGUGAACCUGGCACUUGGCCAUGUAAGCGUCGUAACUGUCAGACCUGCAAACACACGCUCGCCACCCACCAUCACUUGUCCUAAAAUCACCUUCAGGAUCAGUGGCAAAUUUAACUGUAAUAGUAGAGGAGUCAUAUAUAUAUAUAUAUAUAUAUAUAUAUAUAUAUAUAUAUGCUAUAAUAUGCUCAAGGUGUCAGAUGGUCUAUAUUGGAAACAGAGGCAGGACCUUAAAAACACGACUCCAAGAACACCUUAGAGACAUUCGUAACUUUGCAACUAAGCCCGUCUCUAUCCAUUUUAAUAACACACAUCAUAGGGGUACCACCGAUCUCCUCGUCACUGCUAUACAACAAUGCAAUAACAAAAACAUCCGUCUGCAGAUCAAAAACAAACUUAUUUACAUGUCAGGUACCAUCCAACCUAAUGGGAUCAACAACCAGCACACUACAGUACCCCUUAAUUUUCCUAUUCAUCUUUGCCUGACAUCUCCGCCCCCUUCCGAUUUCCUGCGCUUUUACACCAGCGUAGCUCAUUUCUUUUCUGCCUCGAUAGAGAACAACAUUGGACAGAUAAGUUAACUUAUAUUUUGUGUUAAUUGUUUGUUAUUUUUUGUUUGUUUUGUAGCUGAUGAAGGCCUCGUGGCCCAAACAUCCUUUGUUUUACUUGGUAUUUUCUGUUUUUGAAAUGUCAACUAAAAAUGUAUUUGUUUAGCUACUUUGUUAUUCUCAUCUAAUUAUUUCUUCACUGUAAGAUGUAGACAAGCUGGAGUCAAAUCGAUUAGAUUUGUUGAAAUCUCUGAGGGUAAAGCAUUUUACACGCUUAUUUUCUUCUGAGGCCAUUGGUCGUGGCACAUGUUGUUACUUAAUUGUUCAAUGCACUGGUUUUAGGAGAAAGUCAUGUGCAAAUAGGUAAAAAUUUCUACUUCAUUAUCCAGUCCAAUGGUUUUAUCUACAUCCUGAUUUUAUAAAUACAUCUUAAGACACUAGAUCUAGAUAAUUGUUGUUAUUUUUAUGUCACUGUGAUUCUUUUUAGUCAUUUUUGAAUGAAUUCACUGAUUCUAGUUUUAAAACCAGCUAGAUGAGAAUCCGUCAAGAUGGUUAGGGAUAAAUUUAUAGAAACUCUGAAGACAUUGACUAAUACAGGUAAAAAUUAUUCUAUUAGAUCUGAAGCAAAAUGAUUGUUAGUUGCUAGAUGCUGUUUUUUGAUUUUCUGAGCCCAUGUAUUUAAAACUUAAAUAAACAAAGCGCACGUCUACCUUCAAAUCAAUGAUUGUCUGUUUGAAAUUGUGCACUCAAAAUGGAAAACAUUAAAUACAAUCUAAAAUACUUGUGAGAGGGCAUUGCUGAAAAUAUGGAUUUGUAUCGCCUUCCCAACUAUUGAAUCCUUAGAUUGAAGUCAAUCUCGAGACUGCUCCUAGCAACAUUGACAAAAACAAAUUUCAUCUCGAGCAAAAUAAACUUCAACUGUUUGUCGCAGUCUCUUAUGAAGCCUCCAAACUUCAGAAACAAAAACCUGCUAAGCUUUUUAUUUUUAAAAAUAUAGACUCGAUGAGUCAGGCCCGAAUAUCAUCAACUUGUUUCAAAUAUUUCUGAUAAAUAUGGUAAGCAAGGCUACAUUGGAGCGAAGUUAUUCCAAACUAAAGUUAAUAAAGAAUUAUUUGCAAUCAGGAAUGUCUAAUUGACGAAUUAAUAAUUUGACCAUUUUUCCCGUUCAGCAAAAGCUGGUGGGCAAAAAUUAUUUUGAUAAAAUUAUUGAUAGUUUUGCAUGUAGUAAAGGGACAUAAGAUUCAUUUGUAGUAUCUUUGUUAAACUAGAUCAAUUGCGAAUUAGAAAUACUUGAACAAGUACACAUUAUUUUAAAAAGAAAAAAUGUUCAUUUGAUUUUUUUUAUUGGGGGGAGGGCAUCAUAAAACCUAGCUAUGCCACUGAAGCACUCAAAAUUUCAUUAUUUGCUUUAUCACCUAAAAUGUGAACAAUCUGAACCCAUUUCUCAUAAAAACAUGAUGCUUAAUUUUAAAGCUAAUGGUCUUGCAGCUGAGCAAUUAAAUUAAUUCCACAGUACCGGUAUUAGUUCAAACAAUAAAACUUACUUUUUUAAUUUAUUUUAAGGGCCUUAAAUCAGUUAAUAAAAAACAUUUUAAAAUUGUGUGUCUGUUGCCUAAAGAAAGCAAAGCUUAUUCAGUCCUAAGACUUUCUUUAUACUUGCUUCUUUAUUUCAAAUCAAAAGAUGGACUGACCAGAUCUGUUAUGGAAUAAAAUAUAUAUAUAUUUUACUACUUACCUGUGAUAUAUAUGGAAGUGUGAAAUAGAAUUUAUAACAGAAAAAAAAUUUGACUGGAUUGAUGUGCUUAUGUUAAUAAUAUAUCUAUUUAUACGUUCUCUUAUAUUUUCUGUUAUAUUUUAUUUUAAUAUAAAGACUUAUAUGAACUAACCUACAGGUAUCAUUUGGUCUUAUUAUUGUAAUUUUUUUUUGUAUCGAUGAUGUUAAUGUUUUACUGAAUCUUAAUGCCUUUUGUAAACAUUGAUUAUUAAAAGAUCAAUUGUAAAAUCAUA